GGCGUGCGGUUAAUUUUUACAAACGCAACUCAUUAUCGCAUUAGUCGCAUUUUUGCUCACUCCUAUCACAGUAAAAAAAUCGCCCCAGGAAACUGCCUCUUUUGCCACCGAGUCAUGAAUCCAAUCCAUCAGCCCAAGCCUUCUCUUUAACUCUAAGAUGCAGGACCGGAAGUCCCUUUACAGGAAGUGCCAGUUCAGAUUCCACUUUCAAUUGCCUCAUUACUCUACUUUACUCCCUCGGUGUGAAACAUAUUCCCAGGAAAAGCAGUCCUUUUUUGUUUAGAGUUUGGCUGAAGUUGAACUUUCUGUUGAACUUGUGUCGUUAGUUCUAAACAGUUUCUAUUAUGUCUAAGAUUGCGGUAGAGUGAUAAGGAAAUAUGCAAAGUGAUAAGAGAAGUUGAGUGAAACUCAUUAUAAAAAAAAAUUAAUUUUUUUUAUAUUUGUGUGAAAAGUUUGAAAUAAACGACAAUGGCGAAGCAGACGACGAAGAAAGAUAAUAGAGAGGAAAGUCUUCUUCAUAUUCAUCCUGAAGGGACUGAGGAGGAAGUUGAUAAAGAGUGGGAGGAUUUCUCGAGACUUAUGACUAAGUUCAAGGAAAGAAGGAUUCAACCUAGACCUUCUCAAGCGUUCUACCCAUGUCCUCCAUCCAAUCAAGAUGAGGAACAGCAGUACUUCGACCCCUUCGACUAUUUUAACACUGUUGCAGAAAAAGGAUUUUUAAGAUCAUUUCACAUGCCGGCCAGCGUUUUGAACAAGGCCUACUUUGUCUGCAACGAUGACUUCGUUGUAAGUAUGUAUGGCCGCUAUACGAAGGAUCUGGGUGAAUAUGCAAAAGAAGAAGCUCGAAGACUCAGCUCACAUCAAAAAUCGAGAAGAAAAUUGGAUAAGGCGAGAGCUGAAGAUCUUAGAAAGUCAACAAGAGGUCCUUUAUGCAGGAAACUUGUGGCACUGUUGGCCUUCGCCUGGAAACACACUGGAGCAAGGCUUGGCGAAGAUUGGGUCUUUUUAGCUUUGCUUGGAGUCAUUAUGGCUCUUAUCAGUUAUGUGAUGGAUCGGGGCAUUUCUAUGUGCAAUAACGCCAGGAUAUGGCUCUUCGGAGAACUUACAAAUCAACCAGCUCUGCAGUACCUCGCCUGGGUCUCUCUACCAGUUUGUCUGACCCUCUUCAGCGCAGGAUUCGUCCACAUAGUGGCGCCUCAAAGUAUAGGAUCAGGAAUCCCAGAAAUGAAAACAAUCCUUCGAGGUGUUGCCUUGAAGGAAUACCUAACUUUCCGAACCCUCGUCGCCAAGGUCAUAGGGCUCACAGCCACCCUGGGAUCCGGACUACCCCUUGGAAAGGAAGGUCCCUUCGUCCACAUUGCCAGUAUAGUAGCAACCCUUCUUUCCAAACUUGUCACCAGUUUCCAGGGAAUCUACGAAAAUGAAAGCAGAAAUUGUGAGAUGUUGGCUGCAGCUUGUGCUGUUGGUGUGGCUUCUUGUUUUGCUGCACCCAUUGGAGGUGUCCUCUUCAGUAUCGAAGUCACAACUGUCUACUUUGCUGUCAGAAAUUACUGGAGAGGAUUCUUCACUGCUGUCUGUGGAGCCACUAUGUUUCGACUCCUGGCCAUUUGGUUCCAAAGAGAAGAGACAAUCACCGCCAUGUUUCUCACUAAUUUUACGAAUGAUUUUCCUUUUGAUCCACAAGAACUUUUUGUCUUUGCGCUGAUUGGAGUUGGAAGUGGACUUGGGGGAGCGUUUUAUGUUUGGCUGCACAGACAGUAUGUCAUCUUCAUGAGGAAGAACAAGAGCAUGAACAGUUUCCUGCAGAAAAAUCGUUUCUUAUACCCUGGAAUAGUCGCCUUGAUGGUUUCGUCAGUAUCCUUUCCUUUGGGACUUGGUCAAUUCAUGGCUGGAGAUUUAAAUACUCAUGACCAAGUUCACGGCCUGUUCACUAACUUCACAUGGACAAGGGAAAAUCUCAGUGUUGAAGAAGUGAAUGUCGUAAAACACUGGGCCACACCAUACACCGAUGUCUUCGUUGGACUUCUAAGUUUUACUUUGUUUACGUUCGUCUUUUCCAUUAUAAGUUCCACUGUACCUGUACCUUCUGGAAUUUUCAUUCCUGUUUUUAAAAUUGGGGCAGCCCUUGGUAGAUGUGUGGGAGAAGCAAUGGCAUUGUGGUUCCCAACAGGUGUCCGAUAUGGUGGUGUCAUAACUCCCAUUAUUCCAGGUGGAUAUGCUACAGUUGGUGCAGCUGCAUUUUCCGCUGCAGUGACACACACAAUUUCAGUGAGUGUUAUCAUCUUUGAGAUGACUGGACAAAUCACUCACAUUGUUCCUGUGAUGAUAGCUGUCCUAAUUAGCAAUGCCAUUGCUGCUCUUUUGCAACCUAGUAUAUAUGACAGCAUCAUCCUCAUCAAGAAGUUACCCUACUUGCCAGAUCUUUUACCUUCUAGUUCUGGUAUGUACAAUAUUUACGUAGAAGACUUUAUGGUACGAGAUGUUAAGUACAUCUGGCAUGGUAUUUCAUAUCAGAGGUUAAAAGAAAUCCUUAAAGAAAAUAGAAAACUUCGAGGAUUUCCACUAGUAGAUAAUCCUGAUUCGAUGAUCCUACUUGGGUCAAUUCAGAGACUAGAGCUAAUAAAACUGAUAGAGAAACAUAUUGGUCGAGAAAGGCGAUUACAGGUUGCCCAAAUGAUGCAAAAGGAAGCAGCAGAGAGGGUGAGAGAAGAAAUGGAAAGACAACUGAAAGAACAAGAAAGGUCGAGACGACCCUCUAGAUUUGAGGUCAUUCCAGCUCCCGAUAUUCUCAAAAUGCAGAGGCAAAGUGCAACGGAUUUGUCAAUGGCUGGAAACAAUGGAAAUAGUUCAGAUCAUCACAUAUUUCACUCUCCAGUAUUUGGUACCCAGCCAAAAAAAUCAAUUUUAAAGAAAACAAAUUCAUUCACCUUGAAAGGCUUUAGUCCACUUUCGAGUCCAGCUGUGACGCCAUACACAACAGUCACAGGAGCAGAAAGCAGGAUAAGACUUGCAUUUGAAGCCAUUUUUAGAAAAUCUGCCACACUGCAGGACGUAGAUCCAGAUCCAGAAUUAGGGUCUAGAGAAAGACGAGACAGUGAAGACAUCAAUCCUCAGCCGCAUCAUCCAAUGCUCGUUCCUAGUCCAGCUACCUCUAAAAAAGUUCAACUGCCUCGAGAGAGAGUUAUAGAUAUGUCAGCUGAAGACCAAAAAAUGUGGGAAGAGAGUGAAAUGGCACUUGAGGUGGAUUUCUCGAGAUGUCAUAUAGAUCCAGCACCUUUCCAGCUUGUUGAAAGGACAUCUCUACUCAAAGUUCACAGUCUUUUCAGUAUGGUGGGAGUUAAUCAUGCUUACGUGACAGCAAUUGGAAGACUAGUGGGGGUUGUUGCGCUCAAGGAAUUAAGAAAAGCGAUUGAAGACGCAAACUCAGGAAUCCUGCCAGUGCACAACGAAUUAAAUCUUUCAGUGUCGAAUUCAAGUCUCUUUAAGAACGAAGCAAACCCUAAUAGCAGAAAUUCAAAUUCUAUAACUUUAAAUUCAGUAGCGUCCGAAGACAUAGACAAAAUUGACAAGGUCUGAAGGAUAAAUUAAAAAAUUAACCAUCAGACAACAUUUGUGAUAGUUGCGUUACAAUAUUGUUUCGCAGCCUGUUGAAUGACAUGAGUGUGUUUCUUUUUUCGUUAUCUUCUUUUUAUAUCGUGUACGCAUGCAAAGCACAGACAAUAAUCGAUAAAAAGAAAUUUAAUUAGAUCAAACAAUAAUGAUUUUUAUCUAACUGAAGAUUUGAGAUCAUCAGAUCAAAACAUAUGUGUGCUAGCGAAGUACUUAAGUCAUCAGAAAAAUGAUCUAAUUUGAAAAACAAUUACACUAGCGUAUGUUUGACACUUAUAAAAAAAAUAUUCAUUCACUGAAAACGUUGUGAGGCAGGGAGAAAUUAUAUUUUUUUGAUGAGAUUGAAAUCUGGGUUUUGCGUUAGUGUACCUAAGAUCUUUAAAAUUUCACACACAAAUUGUUCCAGUUUCCUCCGAAUGUGAUUAUUUGGAAAAAGCUCUAUAAAAGUCUAGAAAUGUUAUUUUUCAUUAUAUGUUAAUUUAUGUAAUGAGUAUAUUUUAUUGUUGAAGUGAUAUAUGAGCAUAAAGUUGAACGUGAUAGUAGUGCUCAAAAACAGCAAUUUUGACGAAAUGAGGUAAUAUGUGCAUAUUAAAAAUUAAUUUUGACAUUAUGUUGACUGAUACGAGUGUUCGGAACAAUUUUUUGUUUCAAAUUUUAGGAAAAAUUAAUCAUUUCAAGAAAAAAAAAUUUUUAUUUAAAAGCAUUGUUUAUUCUGUUAUAAAAUUUAAUUGUUCAAAUAAACAAAGCUUGACUUUAGCGUCCGCAGAUUGAUGUGCAAAUUACUGAAAUUUAGGUAUGCUAUUAGUUUUGCGAUGAUUAUUGAUUUUUUGAAAAUUUCUGUAAAUUUUUGUAUCAAUUUCUAAGUCCGAUAUACUUGUGUGUAAUGUUUAUGGCAUGCAUGGAAAUUGCAAAAAUGUUAAAAUUUACAUUCCAUUCAAAUAAUGUGAAAAAACUUCGGUGUAUUCAUUUAAUAUGUAAAUAUCACUAGAAUGUGCGAUUGGCGUAGAAACUUUACAAUAAUUAGCGCAUCAUAUGAAUUUUCUUUUUUUCGCUCCAUCUGUAAAUAAUGUAUCA